GGAAUUCAACAAAAUUGAGUCUUCAACGAAAACAACAACAACCAUCAAUAAAUAUAAUUUACGUUACGCGGCAGCAUUGCUUAAGGUCGACAAAAUUAAAUUCAUUAAAACGGAGGGUUUAACAUUUGCGUUGCUGGCGGGCCCCAUGGGCCAAGCGGCAAGUAUGUGUCGAUUUCGUGGUUGUCGCUACAAAAAUAAGAACAAGAGCAACAAGCAGCAGCAACAACAACAGCAGCAGCAACAGCAGCAGCAGCAAACACCAACCCCAAUACACAGUUCCCCCCACCACCAACAACAACAGUCUGAAAUAUCAGCAGCAUCAUCCACAACAACAGGUCUGCAUUUGCGCAGCAUUGAGGAACCCGCGACAACGCCAUUGCAGCUAGCUGCCAGGAUGCCCGCGGAGCAGGGGGGCACAGGGUACGGUGUGAGUGAGCACAGUCUGCUACUUGCCACACGCUCGGGUGUCCCCCUGCCGCUAACACAGCAACAACCACUACCUGCCCACUAUCAACUAACCAGCAAUAAUCAUCAUAACUCUGGUGGAGCUGGCGGAGGUUCCUCCUAUAUACCAUCAACCUCCUGCUCAUCAGCAAUAGCUGGCAGUCAUCAACAACAGCCGCUCGCUCCCUCCCAGCAGCAGCAGCAGCUUCUAUCCUCACCAUACAAUACAACGUAUCAGCAGCAUCACUAUCACCAUCAUCAUCUUCAACCAGCAUCGCCACAGCAUAGCAAGCCCUAUGAUCCGGAACAUGCUCGCAUGGAGGCCUGGAUGGAUGAGAAUCAGGAUUUUGUACAGGACUAUUUUAUAAGAAAGGCAACCCGUCAGACAGUGGACGCCUGGCUCGUGUCGCAUGCCACCUCGGCUGGCAACGAUGUGGUCAGCAGCACUUCACCCACACAUGCCAAUGGACAGACUUGUUCCUCUCGUGGCGGAUCGGGGGCCACCACACCAGUGCGGAAAAUCUCGGCUCAUGAAUUCGAGCGCGGCGGUCUGCUUAAGCCGAUUGUCAAUACGAUUGAUGGGACUCCCACAUUUCUCAGCAUUGGGCCACAAAUGGAUAAUGUUGGCGGUGGCAGCUGCUCCAAUCUACAGACUGUCGGCGGCUUUGGGUCCGGCCAAUCUCAGUAUCAUCACCAUCAUAAUCAUCACCAGUAUCAUCAGCAUUAUCCGCAGCACAGUCAUUUCCAGGCUGGCGGAGCUGUGGGCAGCAGCAGCACCGGCGGGGUAAUGGGUCCUGGCGGCAAUGGCCAUCAGUAUCCUUAUUAUCCGUAUUGCCAUCAGCGACCGCAGCGAUUGUCCCGAAAUGAGUUGAAGCAGCUCGAUGAGAAGGAGUUGAUUUUUGAACUGGUAAAAGACAUUUGCAAUGAGCUCGAGGUGCGGACAUUGUGUCACAAAAUACUUCAGAAUGUCUCGGUAUUACUGAAUGCGGAUCGCGGAUCGUUGUUUCUGGUGCAGGGACGCUGCAAUAGCGCCGAUGGACUGAAAAAAUGUCUCGUCUCGAAGCUGUUCGAUGUCUGUCCACGUAGCACGGUCGAGGAAAUGGAACAGCAGGAGGAAGUCCGCGUGGCAUGGGGCACUGGCAUUGCCGGUCACGUGGCUGAGAGCGGCGAGCCUGUCAACAUCCCAGAUGCUUACCAGGACGAGCGGUUCAAUUGUGAAAUUGAUUCCUUAACUGGAUAUCGCACAAAGGCAUUGCUCUGUAUGCCCAUAAAGGAUUCAUCUGGCGAUGUAAUCGGCGUGGCGCAGGUCAUCAACAAAGUGAAUGGCGAAUGCUUCUCUGAAAUCGAUGAAAAGGUCUUUGCCUCGUAUCUGCAAUUCUGUGGCAUUGGACUGCGCAAUGCUCAGCUUUAUGAGAAAUCUCAAUUGGAAAUCAAACGUAAUCAGGUGCUCUUGGACUUGGCCCGAAUGAUAUUCGAGGAGCAAAGCACCAUUGAGCACAUGGUCUUCCGCAUCCUCACCCACAUGCAGAGUCUCAUUCAAUGUCAGCGUGUCCAGAUACUGCUGGUCCAUGAGGCCGACAAGGGCAGCUUUUCACGGGUCUUUGACUUUGAGGCAAACGAUUUGAGUGAGGAGGAGGCCACUUCCCGCACCAGUCCCUACGAAUCGCGUUUCCCGAUAAACAUUGGCAUCACAGGUCACGUGGCCACCACCGGGGAGACGGUGAAUGUGCCCAAUGCCUACGAGGAUGAUCGCUUCGAUGCCAGUGUGGAUGAGAAUCUGAGCUUCAAACAUCGCUCCAUCCUCUGCAUGGCCAUAAAGAACUCUUUGGGUCAGAUCAUUGGAGUUAUUCAACUAAUAAACAAGUUCAAUGAGCUGGAUUUCACCAAAAACGAUGAGAACUUUGUCGAGGCAUUUGCCAUCUUCUGCGGCAUGGGCAUCCACAAUACCCACAUGUACGAGAAGGCCAUUGUGGCAAUGGCCAAGCAGAGCGUCACCCUGGAAGUUCUCAGCUAUCAUGCAUCGGCCACCAUGGAUGAGGCCCAUCGCUUGCGCCGUCUUCGUGUACCAUCGGCAGUACAUUUCUGUUUACACGACUUUAAAUUCGAUGAUAUACACUUUGAGGACGAUGACACGUUGAAGGCCUGUCUGCGUAUGUUCUUGGAUCUCGAUUUUGUGGAGCGAUUCCACAUUGAUUACGAAGUUUUGUGCCGUUGGCUGUUGAGCGUUAAGAAGAAUUAUCGCAAUGUCACCUAUCACAAUUGGCGUCAUGCCUUCAAUGUGGCCCAAAUGAUGUUUGCCAUACUGACGACCACUCAAUGGUGGAAAAUUUUUGGUGAAAUCGAGUGUCUGGCUCUCAUAAUUGGCUGCCUUUGCCAUGAUCUCGAUCAUCGAGGGACUAACAACUCAUUUCAAAUAAAGGCCUCCUCGCCAUUGGCGCAGUUGUAUUCCACAUCGACCAUGGAGCAUCAUCACUUUGAUCAAUGUCUGAUGAUACUGAAUAGUCCUGGGAAUCAAAUAUUGGCCAAUCUAUCCUCAGAUGAUUAUUGUCGAGUCAUUCGUGUGCUAGAAGAUGCCAUUCUGUCCACAGAUCUAGCAGUGUACUUCAAGAAACGUGGCCCAUUCUUGGAUAGUGUGAGAGAACCUGUAAGCCACUGGGUGGACGAGGAACCGCGUGCUUUGCUGCGCGCCAUGAGCAUGACAGUCUGUGAUUUAUCGGCCAUUACCAAGCCGUGGGAGAUUGAGAAACGAGUGGCCGAUUUGGUUAGCUCCGAGUUCUUUGAGCAGGGCGACAUGGAGAAGCAGGAGCUCAACAUAACACCCAUUGAUAUCAUGAAUCGGGAGAAGGAGGAUGAAUUGCCCAUGAUGCAAGUGAAUUUCAUAGAUUCGAUAUGCUUGCCCAUCUAUGAGGCUUUCGCUCAACUCUCGGACAAGUUGGAGCCUCUUGUGGAAGGCGUGCGUGAUAAUCGUGGCCAUUGGAUCGAUCUGGCCGAUGUGGUAAAGACCAAAACUAGUCAGGAUCAGCAAGAGCAAAUUGUGAUAGCGAAUGGUGAUGGUAACAAGAAGACAAUGAGUGAUAAUGAUGAUGAUGUGGCUGAGCAGAAUGGCGCACAGACCGAACAGUUAAUUGUAAAUGGCCUGAAUGUAGCCAACAGCAGCAGAACUAAUAACAACAUUGCCGUCGUUGCUUCUCAUCCCACCAGCAUCCAGCCCAGUGAUGAUGAUGAUGCUGAUGAUAAUAAACAACACCCAACCCAAGCCGACGAUGAUGAUGAUGACGAUGUGGACAAAACGGUUAAUGGAGAUGGAGAUGCCGAGCUCAACCAAGAAGUGCAAGCCUAUCAUUCAAAUGGCAGUAGUUGCAUGUCCUCUGCCAGCUCAUCAUCCGUCUCCAGCCGCCUCUCCACACCACCACCCACUGGCGAAGAUGACAGUACUCCCGUCUCACCCUCGAAAAUGCUGCAGGCCAAUCUGGUGGCUGAUAAUCUGAACGCCUUGCAACGUAAGAGCUCAGCACCUGCUGCCGGACAAGUUCAGAAACUCCGCUGCAAGAGCUGUGAGAACUCUCGCUGUGGCCUUCAGGUGCGAAAGACCAGUUCCCUGAAGGGGGCUCAAGAGUUGGGUCAACAGAAUGGCAGGGCAAAGUGUGGAAUAUCUUCCAUUGACACCCUAUGCAAGAGCACUCCGGUUAUCAAUCAUCAACACAAUCACAAUCAUAACCAUCAGCAUCAGCAUCAGCAUCAUCAUCACCACCAUCACCAUUCCGCCUCGCAUCACAAUCACAAUCACCAUCAGAGCAGCGGCAUUGGUAGUGCCAGCAUUGGUGGCAGCGGCCUAAUAACCCUCACUGCUGCCCCCCUGCUUACUUUGGACAGUGAUAGAAUACCAAAAAUUGUUGGUAAAUUUGGCAAUCUCGAUGGUCUGCCAUUUGCCAAUGGCAUUGGAUGCACACCGAAUGGCAUGGCAUUCAACAGUUACCAGCAACAUCAUUCUCAUUCUCAUUCUCAUCUGUUGGCCCGCCGGCACUCGGAGACCAACACGAAUGGACCUACAGCCUUGACAGCUGAUAAAUAAAUGUAUCCCCCCCACAAGAUUUGUUGAUAUUCGAUGUGUAGAGGAUUCAUUCAUUCGAUUUACUAGUAUAUAAACUGGGUGUCUAGUCAAAAACCGGAUAAUUGAAGUGAUAACCCAAUUCAAGUGUAUUCGAACUUUGUCAGCAAUUGUCUCUCCCAAAAUUUAAUAUGUAUAUAUAGUUAGACUUCCCCCUCUCCUUUCCACCCCCCAUCAACAUCUCUCUCAUUUUGUAUAUAUUAUUCAAUUGAGCAACAGUAUCGCAGUUUAGUGAAAAAAGAAAAUUCAAGAAACACACACACACACAUACCAUAAGCAAAUUGUGCAACUAAAUAGCAAGAUUCCUAUAAGCUUAUGUAAUUGUACCUAUAUGUAUAUGCUGUCUAUCUAUAUAACUAAAAUUUUAGCAUAUCUUUAUAUAUAUAUAUAUAUAUAUUCUUGUAAAUGUAUGAUAAAGAAAAGAAGUCAAAUUCUCUAGAUUUUUAAGCACAGUUGAAAACAAAAACUAAAAUGUACCAAAAAGGCAGUUGACAUUUGCUUAAGGUUCAUUGAAAACAUCAAGUUUCCAAAACACUUAAACCCAAGUAUUGUAUAUCCAAGCAACUAAAGCCUACGUAUAUAUAUAUAUAUAUAUAUCUGUAUAACUUAAACAGUGUAACAGUUAGUUAAUUUAUCUUAUCCAUGGGUACCAAAAGUCUAACUUUAGUAGCAAAAGCAAAGAGAAAAGUAAAAAGCAACCGCUUAGUGAUGUUAACUGUCAAGUAACUGAAAACCUAACGCAAGCCUAGCUAAUGAUAACCUCUUCAAAAAACAAAAAAAAAAAACACACGAAAGAAAGAAAGAAAACAACAAAAAACACUAAGCGCUUUGUAUUUGAUCCAUGCGCUCUUUUCGAAUUUAAAUAAUUAUAAUAUUACUUUUAUAAGAAAGCGAUUAUGUAUACAUCUUACAAUACAUUAUAUGGCACUCUGGGCUGGCCUAAGCAAAACCCAAAAGUCAUUGCGAAAACCCAAACAAAAUACAUAGUCUUAGAUAUUGUGUAGUAAGCUAUAGCCUAUCAGCACGUCUAACGUAGAAAAUUUCAAAUACACAAAGCCAAUAAUAACCAUCUCUACACAUAUGUAUGUACAAUACAUAUGUUUAUAUAAAUACCAUACAAUACAUCCCUAGAUUAUAUUGUA